CCCCCCCUCUCUCUCUCUCUGCUGAUGCUGAAGAUGCUUGUUUCGACAUUCUUGCUUCGACGAGUGCGAGAAGGGACCAUUUGACUAUUACGAUAAUGUCUGUGGCUUAAUCAUCAACACUUGCUCCGUCGUGGCCGUCUAUCCAUCAUCCUCCCUCGGUGGCCUUCCUUUUGGUUUCCGAUUCGUACAUUCGUCUGACUCACCACGAACUGCGAAGUAAGUUCAAUCCCCUCUCUCUCCCUCCUCUAGAAGAGCGUCGCGCCGGCGAGGGGGACAGCCGCCGGAGACUAGCGAGUUCGCCGUCGGGAUUGACUCCGAGACCAAUGAUUCGAUAGGCUGAUUCUUCGACUCGGUGGCGGAUCGCGUCGACGGGAAUCUCUCUUGAUGCGCGAGUUGCUGAGCUCGUUUCUUUGCUUCUCUGAGGUCGGAUUGCGAUGAGAAGGAGCUUGUUCAACCUGAACCGCAGGACGGCGCAGAGAUUCAAGCAACUUGCGAUGGUGUCCGUGGGAUCGGUGAAGAUCAAGCUUCUUCUCCUGUGCUGCAUCGCUUUCGUUCUGUUCCUGCUCGCCGGCCGUGCUUCGGUUUUCAACGGAGAGGACGCUAUCGGCACUUCCUCGAAUCAGUUCUCCGAUUCUCGGAAAGGAUAUGCCAUCCUGAUCAACACGUGGAAGAGAAAUGAUCUUUUGAAGCAGUCCAUUUCCCACUAUGCCAGAUGUUCAUCUUUGGAUUCUAUUCAUAUUGUCUGGAGUGAACCAGAUCCUCCAUCAGAGUCUCUUAAGAAAUUUUUGAAUCAUGUCAUCCAGUUGAACUCUAAAAGUGGUCGGAGAGUCGAACUAAAGUUUGAUAUCAAUAAGGAAGAUAGUUUGAACAACAGAUUUAAGCCCAUUGGUGAUCUGAAAACAGAUGCUGUUUUCUCAAUCGAUGAUGACAUUAUAUUUCCUUGUUCAUCAGUAGAGUUUGCUUUUGAUGUUUGGAGAAGUGCACCGGAUACAAUGGUUGGAUUUGUGCCUCGAGUUCAUUGGAUUGAUCAGAAAGGUAGUGCCGAUCGCUAUGUCUAUGGUGGAUGGUGGUCCGUAUGGUGGACGGGUACGUACAGUAUGGUGCUCUCAAAGGCUGCAUUUUUUCACAAGAAAUAUCUGGAUAUAUAUACAAACCAGAUGCCGGCAUCAAUCAGAGAAUAUGUUACGAGAAACAGGAACUGUGAAGACAUUGCAAUGUCAUUCCUUGUAGCGAAUGUUACUGGUGCUCCUCCUAUUUGGGUUAAAGGAAAGAUAUUUGAGAUUGGUUCCACAGGAAUUAGUAGUUUGGGAGGUCACAGUGAGAAGAGAACUGUGUGUGUCAACAGGUUUGCAGCAGAAUACAGGCGAAUGCCUUUAGUAUCGACUACUGUGAAGGCUGUUGACAGCAGGGAUAUCUGGUUCUGGUGAUGCUAUAUUUUCUCAUACACCACCGAUCAGUAUUUCCACGUUUUUGCUGAUUUAGUCAUGUUGUUCUGAUUCAACCAUUUGUUCACUAGGUGUAUAAUAUAUGAAAUUCGACAUUACUUAGCUAGAUAUUUUUUUUGUCAUUGAAGCUAUCACGCUCUUCAGAUAUGGGUUGUUGUACGGGAUCAUGUUAGAGAAGGAUGAAGCCUGGAAUGGCUUUUUAUUUUUGUAAUGACACUCCAGCAUUAGUAGUGGAAUUGCUGUUUCAUUC